CUGCUCCGCAGUCUGGCUUGAUGGGGAAGUGCCGUCGGCCCCGCACAGCCUUCACCAGCCAGCAGCUCCUGGAGCUAGAGAACCAGUUCAAGCUCAACAAGUACCUGUCCAGACCCAAGCGCUUCGAGGUGGCCACAUCGCUGAUGCUCACUGAGACGCAGGUGAAGAUCUGGUUCCAAAACCGACGCAUGAAGUGGAAGCGGAGCCGCAAAGCCAAGGAGCAGGGGGCUCAGGUGGAGGCUGAGAAGCAACGAGGGCUCAGCAAAGCCUGUGAGAAGCUGCUGCCCAGCGAGCCCCGGGGACAGGCUUCUGAGAGCCCCGAGUUCAUGGGGCACAGCCCCGGCUCGGGCUUCCUGCACCACAACACCACUGAACUGGGCUACAGCCUGGACUCCUCCUGCUCAGGGGGUGAGGAGGAAGAGGAAGAAGAGGAUGAGAUGGGUGCCACGGAGAGGAAGAUCGGCUCUGUGUUGUGA